AUGUCCGAUGCGGAUAUGGGGCGAAGUAGAAUUGAUAUCGACUACACUUACGCCAGUUCCAAACACGUCGCAGAAUGCGGGCAACUCAAAGGCUUGAAUCAAAAUGCCUUCGGUUUGGCCCUCGAAGCGGAAGUGUACCGGGACGAUGUGGCAGAGCUAGAAGUGCCUGUGGAUCAGCGAGUUCGUUUGAGUGAUCGGGUCACAUUCUUCAUACAAAGAUGCCUGUUCAAAUAUUAUGACGUGCCUGAACAUCUCCAAGGCAGUGCGUGGAAGAGAGUGAAGAAGCGCUGA